UCUCGUCCGCGAGCAACGGCGAUGCGUAUAACAGCUUCUGAAAUCGCGGUGGUCUAAGGCAGCGUCAGCCCGCCCGCCCGCCGAAAAGAUCUCGGAGCCGCGAAUCAAAAAUAGCCCGGGCAGUCAGUGCGGCGAUGUCGAGGGCGAAUGGUUCGCGGAGUUGGAGCGCCGUGCAGCCGUGCACUCCGACGGCUCUCCUGAUCGCGUUCCUCUUGUUAUCGGGGUGGGUUACGCCGAUUUGCGAUGCUGCUAGGGCGCGGAACGAGGAGCCCAGGGGGGGCGCAGCCCGGACGACGGCCGCCAAGGAGGUCGAGCCCGUCAUCGAGGAGGUCAACGCCAAGCAGCUAGAGAGAGCGCUGAACGAAAAAGACUUUGUAGCCGUGUACUGGUAUGCGAGAAGUUGUUUAACAUGCGAUAAAGUGCUGGCGGAAUUGGAGAAAAUUGAUGACGACACGGACACGUUUGGGGUCGACUUUGUCAAGAUUAACGACAAACGACUGGCCAAACAAUAUGGGAUCAAAACCUUCCCAGCUCUCACCUACUUCCGGGAGAAGGUUCCCAUCAUCUACGAAGGUGACUUGAUGGACGAGGAAAAUGUUCUUGAUUUUUUGACGAGCUUGGAAGCGAUGGAUCUGCCUGACAGGAUCGAGGAAGUAAAUGCUAAGAUUCUUGAAAAAAUCGUCGAGGAGACUGAUUUUGUCGCGGUUCUUUUCUGUCCUGACACGAAGAGGUGCUCGGGUGUCAGCUCUAACAAACCGGACUGCAAAAAAUGCAUCAAGGCACUUCAAGAGCUUGAGAAUAUCGACGAUGAAGCCGACCAGCUGGGCAUUGGAUUCGUUAAAAUCGCCGACGAGAAUCUCGCCGAGGAGUACAACCUCGGACCGCUUCCAGCUCUCGUCUAUUACAGGCAUCAAAUCCCGAUAAUAUACGAGCACGAGCUGAGCAAGGAAGAGGACGUCUUGGAGUGGCUCGUGGCGAACAAGAGCACCGGCGACGAGGAAGACGUAAUCGAAGACGUCACCGCAAAGACUUUGAACACCCUGAUAGGGAACAUCGACAACCUGGUCGUCCUCUUCUACGAUCAUGGAGACGAGGAUUCGAUGCAGGUUCUCACCGAGUUAGAGAAGAUCGAUGACGACUGCGACAAGCAUGGCAUCCAGUUCGUCAAAAUCGACGAUGACAAGGCCGCCAAAGACUUCGGAAUCGAUUCCGUACCUGCUAUCGUCUAUUUCGAAAAGGAACUCCCCAACGUUUACGAUGGUGAUCUGGAAAACGAGGAUGAGAUCUUGGAGUGGCUUUUGGCGCAGUUGGAGAAGGACGAAAUCGAGGACGUCACCGACGAGAUGUUGGACCGUCUGGUAAAGGAGGGAAAAACUCUGGCGGUACUUUUUUACGAUAACAAUGACCGUAAGUCUCUGCGCGUACUCAACGAGCUGGAGAAUAUUGACGACGAUUGCGACCAGCUGGGAAUAGUCUUCGUGAAAAUCGACAACGCCGACGAGGCCAGAGAGUACGGAAUCGAAAAGAUUCCGAGCUUACUAUACUUCGAAAAGGGUAUACCUACCCUCUAUGAGGGGAACCUGGAGGACGAGGACAAGGUUCUCAAGUGGCUGGACCAUCAGCAGAAGAGCGACGAGAUCGAAGACGUUACUGACGAGAUGCUGGACCUGAUAAUCGAGAAAAUGCCAUACGUCGCUGUCCUGUUUUACGACAAGGACCAGAAAAAGAGCCAGAAGAUACUCGCCGAGCUGGAGAACAUCGACGAUGAGUGCGAUCAAAACAACAUAGCCUUUGUUAAAAUUGACGACGACGAAGAGGCCAAGGAGUACGGCAUAGACUCUCUUCCCACUUUGGUGCUCUUCGAACGCAGGAUACCCCACGUCUACGAAGGUGACCUCAUGAACGAAGACCAGCUGCUGGGUUGGCUUCUGCACCAGAAACGACACAGUGAAAUUCCGGAGAUCACAGACGAGAUGAUGGAGAAGUUGAUCGAGACCACGCCGUAUCUGGCCGUUCUUUUCUACGACAAAAAUGACAAGCAGGAUAUGCGGAUCUUGAACGAACUGGAGAACAUCGAUGACGAAUUGGAAAAGGAGGGCAUCGUCAUCGUGCGAAUGGACAACGACGCCGAGGCCAAGGAAUUCGGCAUCGAUCAUCUACCAACGCUCGUUUACUUUGAGGAGAAAAUUCCCGCGAUCUACGAGGGCGAUCUUCUGAACGAGGACGAGGUUCUCAAGUGGCUGAUCGAGCAGAAGAACACCGCGACGAUCGAGGAGGUGACGGAUGAAAUCCUGGUGGACCUGAUCGACGAGCACGAAUACGUCGUUGUUUACUUCAGUGGUAAUUGCGAGGAGGGCGAGGAAUGCGACAAGACGCUUCUCGAGCUGGAGAACAUUGACGACGAACUCGACGAAACUGGAAUCAUAUUCGUGACGACCGAGGACACCGGCGUCGCGAAGAAACACGGAAUCAAGACUUUCCCAACUCUCGCUUUCUUCAGGAACAAGGACCCCCUGAUAUACAGCGGCGACAUCGACGACGAGGACGAGGUUCUGUCAUGGGUCACAGACGAGAACACCCUUCAGAUACCCGGGAAGAUCGAGGAGGUCAAUUCCAAGAUGUUGGAGAACAUUUUGGACGAGAACGACCACGUCGUUAUCUUCUUCUACAGAGAAGGAGACAAGAAGAGCCAGAAGAUUCUUCAGGAGUUGGAGAACAUCGACGACGAGUGCGAGGAGAAGGACAUCGACUUUGUCAAGAUAUCCGACGAGGGUAUCGAGCGGGAAUACGAUCUUCCCACUCUCCCGGCCCUCGCCUUUUACAGGCAUAAAUUCCGCCAGAUUUACGCCGGUGACAUGAUGCACGAAGAGGCGAUCCUCGAGUGGGUUCUGGAACUGCACAGCUCGCAGCCUGACAUCAUCGAAAGUGUCGACAGAAAGACUCUUCAGCUACUGAUCAACGACGUUGAGCACCUUGCUGUAUUUUUCUAUGAUGACAAGUGUGAGAAAUGUCCUGAGAUUCUAGAGGAGCUCGAGACAAUUGACGACGACACGGACAAACAUGGCAUUCAGUUUGUCAAGUCAAAAGAUGCCAAGUUGGCCGCUGAAAUUGGCAUCUUCUCGUUCCCAGCACUUGUUUAUUACGAGACUGGUGUGCCCAUCAUGUACGACGGUAACCUUCUCGACGAAGCCGAAGUGUUGGAAUGGAUGGUGAAGCAGAAGAACGACGCCAGCAUCGAAGAGAUCGACAGGGAGACUCUGGUCAGGUACAUAGAGACGAAGGAAUUCCUGGCCGUCAUAUUCUACAAGGAAGAGGACCCGGAGAGUCCCCGAGUGCUUCGCCACCUCGAGCUGAUCGACGACGAGGCAGCGGAGUACGGCAUCAAGAUUGUGCAGAUGAAGGAUCGUCUGAUGGCCAAGAAGUACGGUUUCCGUAACCCGCCGGGCAUCACAUACUUCCGUAAAGGGAAGUACAUCAACUACGACGGAGACAUCGACGACGAGGAGGAGAUCCUCGACUGGCUCACCAACCCCGAGAACAUGGAACUCACCGAUCACAUCGAACGCGUGAAUCGUAAAAUGUUUCACAAGAUUCGCCAGACGUCCGACUACGUGGCCGUGUUCUUUUACAGCAACGACUGCAAGCAGUGUAGUCGAGUGUUGGCGGAGAUCGAGCACAUCGACGACGAGGCUGACGGGGCAGGGAUAAAUUUCGUGAAAAUCGACGACAGGCAACUGUCAAAAGAGUUCGGGGUCUUCGCCUUGCCCGCAAUUCUCUUCUUCAAAAUGGGAUCGAAGGAACCUGUGAUCUACGCAGGCGAUCUCUACGACGAGGAUCAAAUUCUCCAGUGGCUUUUGACCCAGAAGGAUCCUUUCGGCGAAGUGAUCGAGGCUCUCGAAGGCGAGGACCUCCUCCACCUUAUCAGGGAAUCGGAUGCUCUGGCUGUGUACUUUUGGAACAGAACUCUCUGCGACUUGUGCCAGUCGAAAGCGUAUCGCAAGCAGAUGCGUCACAAACAGGAGAUGCAGAAGAAUACCGAAGCCGAGGUUGCUGAAGAUAACGAUGAUAGCGACGACUGCGAACAGUGCGCCGGUAUUCUGGAGGAGCUUGAAAACAUCGACGACGAUUGCGACAGAUAUGGUAUUACAUUUGUCAAGACCCAGGAUUACAAGAUAGCCGAGGACUACGGAGUCACAGACUUCCCGGUGCUGGUUUACUUCGAAAAGCAGACUCCGAACGUGUUCGAAGGUGAGCUCUCCGAAGAGGAGGAAGUCCUGCAGUGGUUGAUCACUCAGAAAACCGAGGACAGGAUAGAACUGAUAACGCGAGUGAUGCUGGAGGCUUCCGUUGAGGAUACGCAGUACUUGGCGGUCUACUUUUACAAACAGAACUGUCACAUUUGUGACGAGAUACUGGAUGGUUUGGAAAGGAUCGACGACGAGUGCGACGUCUUUGGCAUCCACAUGGUCAAGAUCCAGGACCCACAGCUGGCGAAACGAUAUUCCAUCAAGACUUUUCCGGCGUUAGUUUACUUCAGGAACGGCAAUCCGUUGUUGUUCGAAGGUGACUUGCAGAACGAGGACUCGGUUCUGGAGUGGCUGAUCGACGACGACAAUCGGGAACUCGCCGACGAAAUCGAAUCCGUCAACGACCGGAUGCUCGAACGCCUUUUGGACGAGUCACCGUUCCUGGCAGUAUUUUUCUACGACGAGGACUGUCCGGAGUGCGACGAGAUCAUGGAAGCCCUCGAAAAGAUCGACGGAGAGGCCGAUCUCUUCGGAAUAGACUUUGUGAAGAUAGCGAGUGCCGAGGCGGCCGAAAAGUACAACGUCCUUAACGUUCCGUCUCUCGUGUACUUCCGGAAGAAGACCCCGCUGAUAUACGACGGUGAUCUGAAUCAAGAGGACAAGGUACUCCAGUGGCUUACGUCCCAGGAUGUGUUUGAGAUAAAGAACGAGAUCGAAGAGGUGAACAGAAAGAUGCUGGACAAACUCCUCGACGAGAAUGAAUUCCUCACCGUGUUUUUCUACGAGAACAAUCACAAGGAGAGCGAAAUGGUCAACGAAAAAUUGGAGAAAAUCGACGGAGAGACGGACAACCUGGACAUAACGUUCGUCAAGAUGUCGGACCCGCGUUACGCCCGGAAAUGGGGAGUCACCAAGCUGCCGGCUAUAGUCUACUUCCGGAAAAGAUUCCCCAGCAUCUAUCGAGGUGAUCUCCACAACGAGGAAGACGUCCUCGACUGGCUCAGGAAGAACAGGUUCCGUCAGCCGGAGCUCAACAUCUACAUGUACGCCCUGAUCGCGAUUACCAUUCUCUUCGCAAUGUACACCGGCUUCCUGUUGUCCUGUUUUCGUUCGGAGCCUCCAGCGCCGGCACCUCAUCCGAAACAGGCGUGAGAGGGGCGAAAAUCGUGGGCACAUUUUCGUCGUGCCUGCGGGUGACACGGACUUGAUGAACGUGACGCGAAGGGUGAUCGGGUGUAUUGAUGACGGUUGUAAUUUCGGCUGUCAUUAUCUCGUGAUUAAUACAUCCGCGACACCGUAUUAUUCCAAUAUUAAAAUAGAAAAAUCACUGCCUUAGGCAGCACUAUGCGUACCGCGUGGGUGGAGGUGAGGCCAAAAUCUAUAAAGCGUAGUGAAUGAUAACGUAGCCGAGAUUCUUCACGCACUCUUCAGAGCUCCAGGGCCAAAUCGAAAUGCUCAAGUUUGACAAAUGUUUCGGAGAAAUUGUCAUUUUUUCCCGGAAUUUCUAACUCGGUGAGAAUCUUUCGCAAAUUCGCCUUUCAAUAUUUUUCAUACGCAUCUAUCCGUGCGUUUCAAUCAUGGUAAAAAAUUGCCAACACAGCGUUGAACAUCUUGUGCUUUUUAGGAAUGAAAAGUAUUGUCUAGUAUUCGGCAUUUUUCAAAAAGGUCCUGGCAACUUAUUUUGAUACGCGAUAUUUCGAGAAUAAGGUCCUGCGACUCAUCGGGUUAUUCCAGCUUGUAUCGCGAAUAUUCGCACAUGAUAUUUGAGCUCGUGACGACACUGCAACUCGAAAUGAAGGAAGCGAAGAAAAUUACAUGCAGACACACGCGCGAGAAAAGGAAUUAAUAUUAAUAAUAAUUAUACGUAUAAAACAAAUCGACGUGUAGAGAAAGAAAAUUGAAACAGUAAACAAUAAACGGUAUAAAUUAUUUUAAAACGAAAGUUAAACUCGAUGCUCAAUGCUGCAUUAUAAUAUACAUAUAUUAUUAAUAAUAAUAAUAAUAAUAAUAAUAAUAACAUGAAUAAUACAACUUUCACGGCUGCGUAAAUUUAUUUAUUUAUUCAUUCGUUUAAAUCAAUUUGUCGUGUUACUAUUUUUUUAUUUUAAGUCACGAUCGACGAACCUAUCAUUCGUACAUCGUUGAAGAACAAAACGAAUAACGUUCAAACUAAAGAAAAAAUACGCGAAAUAUAUAUAGUUAGCUUACUAAUAGUUUUAAUCGUAUGUUCCCGAACAUGUACAUAUACACACAUAUAAACCUACCGUUAAACGAGCAACCCUUUUCAUUUCGUUGACAUAUGUUUGAAAAAAUUAUUAAUGUUAUUAUUAACAAAUAAAGGAAUGAACCCUUGGACCAAUCCUA